AUGAGAUCUCUCAAGAGGAAGAGGGUCCCCGGGCGCGGGCUCGAUGGGCUCCGUCAGAGAGAGGUCGGAGAUAUCGCGCCGAGGAACUUCGAGCACCUCGUUGCUGCGUCCGAGGAUCUUGUUCUGAAGCUCGGAAUCCAUCGAAAGCUGGAGAAGCAUGGAGGCUGCGUAAACACGCUAAGCUUCAAUGCAGACGGCAGCAUUAUUGUGACAGGCUCCGAUGACAGAACGGUUAUACUCUGGGAUUGGGAUGCUGGACUCAUCAAGUUAGAGUUUGAAUCGGGCCACUCCAGAAAUGUUCUCCAGGCACAAAUGAUGCCUUGUACUAAUGAUAGAGCACUUGUCACCUGCGGUGCUGAUGGAGAGGUGCGGCAUGCCCAAGUACUAGAAGGUGGGCAAGUGAAUACCCAAGUCCUCAGUCAACAUGAAGGUCGAGCGCAUAAAAUCGCAGUUGAACCAGGGAGCCCUCACACAUUCUACACCUGCGGCGAGGAUGGUUUGCUUCAACAUUUCGAUUUGAGAACGAAAUCUGCAGCAAAGCUCUUCAUAUGCAACUCUUUCAGAGAUAGAUCAGACUACAUGCCCGUCAUUAGCCUAUACACAAUUGCAAUAGAUCCAAGGAACCCAAAUCUCUUUGCGAUAGGUGGGUCUGAUGAGUACGCUCGAGUUUACGACAUUCGCAAGUAUGGACUGGAUGGAUCGACCAAUUCUGGUCAUCCUACCGAUUGCUUCUGCCCUGUUCAUCUUAUCGGUGAUAGACAAGUUGGCAUAUCGGGCUUGGCUUUUUCAGACAUAAGUGAGCUUCUCGUAUCUUACAACGAUGAGUUGAUAUAUCUUUUCUCGAAAGAUCAAGGGCUGGGUCCGAAACCGGUUGAUAAAUAUUUGAAUUGCACUGUGGAGGGUAAUGUUGAGGAUUCAAACGCUAAGCAUGAACCUCAGGUAUACCGAGGUCAUCAGAACCGUGAUACAUUGAAGGGUGUCAGGUUCUUCGGUCCCAAAUGCGAAUAUGUGGCAAGCGGGUCGGAUUGUGGUAGCAUCUUUAUAUGGAGAAAGAGAGAUGGAAGAUUGUUGAGGGUUAUAGAAGGAGGUAAAUGCGUAGUAAAUUGCGUCGAGCCUCAUCCUCAUGAGACCGUGCUAGCCAGCAGCGGCGUCGAGAACGAUGUUAAGAUUUGGACUCCAACUGCUUUCGAACCGCCGUCACCAGUAAACGUGGGUGAGUUUCGGAUGCCUGACCGACUUGAUUAUUGUGUAAUUGCUCCCUAUGAUGGCGAUGAAGAUGACAUAGAUGGAGUCGACUGUGAUGAUAACUACGACGAUUCAUGACUGGCCUCAGUAUGCGAUCUUUACGAAAACUACACCCAUUGUUGUACAUACUGAAGUUUCUCAUAGUUCUCUUCUACGCUCUCCAAGAAAGUUGAUCACCUCGGGUACAUUUGAUGCCUGGCAUUUUCUAUAACAGCAAACGAACUUGAUUUAGUAUAGAGAAUAUAUAAGGGACAGAAUCAAAGAGAAUUGGGGGGAAAAAAUCAUGAUAUGAGAUCAAGAGGCAAAAAAUCUGCUAUCAGACCAUCGAUAGAUUCUUGCACACCAUCUAUGGUUAGCAGGCACCAUCGAUGGUGUUUAUCGACCAUUGAUGGUUAAUGAAUAGAAUCAUGAUUUCAAAUCCAAAUUUGUGCAAUAUUCAUGCAAUAAUCUCAAUUAAUUCAACUCUAAAUAUCAGCUCUUACCACAUACUGCUGAUAUUCAAUAAGAUCAACCAUAAAUCUCACACAAAACACUAGAAAAAUAUUUAAAAAUAGAGAUUAAGGUUCGAAAUUUUACCUUUU